AUGUCUGUCCAACCAACUCCGAUUGAGAUUAUCAACCUGAUUGAGGAUACACCCUCACCCCCACCAUCACAGGGGAUAUAUAUACCUCGUAGGUAUACCCCGUUGAACGACGACGACGACGACGACGACGAUGCACAGCCCUCGUUCCAGCUUUCUGGAACGACGCUGGCGCGAAGGGGGGACCGGAUCACUCGGGAUCUUGGGCAUCGACCGCCAACGUCCCAACGGCAAAGAGCAGCGGUACCUUCGGGUAUCGCUGCUCGCUCAAGUGGUCCGCGCCGAAAGGCACAACCUACCAAUGACCCCCAAACCGCCGCCCGAGUCCGGACGGCGAUAAACUUUUAUUCGCAGACCGUCACUGGGGGCAAAGAUGGCACGUUCCAAGAGAUUAAUAUGUAUAUCUCAUAA